AGGUGGGCGGCAAGAGCGCCUCCCUGGGCGAGAUGAUCGGCGGGCUGGCGGACGCGGGCGUGCCCGUGCCGGGGGGCUUCUCCACCACCGCGCAGGCCUACAAGGAUUUUCUGCUGCAGGACGGCCUCGGCGACAGGAUCAACAAAGUGCUGGAAGACGAUUCCAUCUACACGGACGUCACCAAGUUGCAGGAGGUGGGCAAGAAGGUGCGCCAGAUGGUGAUGGACCAGCCUCUCCAGCCAGAGUUCGAGGCAGAUCUCAAGCUGCAGUGGGAGCGCGUCUCGAAGGGCAACGAGGGCUUCCAGGUGGCCGUUCGCUCCUCGGCCACCGCGGAGGACCUCCCGGACGCCUCCUUCGCCGGUCAGCAGGAAACGUACUUGAACGUGUCUGGUUUCGAGAACCUUAAAGAGAAGGUCCACCAGUGCUACGCCUCGCUCUUCACGGACCGGGCCAUCUCGUAUCGCCACGACAAGGGCUUCGACCACCGCACGGUGCAGCUGUGCGCCUGCGUGCAGAAGAUGGUGCGCAGCGAGACGGCCUCUGCGGGGGUCAUGUUUACCCUGGACACCGAG